AUGUGGGGACCUGGGGUCGUGGCCGAGGGCCUGUCCGUGGCGCCGGCACCGCCGCCGCUGCUGCCGUUGCUACUGGCGCUGGCGCUGGUGGCGCCCUCGCGGGGCGGCGGGGGCUGCGCGGAGCUGGCGUGCGGCGAGCGGGAGCGCUGCUGCGACGCGGCCAACGCCACGGCGGUGCGCUGCUGCAAGCUGCCGCUGCACGCCUUCCUGGACAGUGUGGGCUGGUUCGUCCGAAAGCUCUCGGGGCUGCUCAUCCUGCUCGUGCUCUUCGCCAUCGGCUACUUUCUGCAGCGCAUCAUUUGCCCCAGCCCACGCAGGUACCCGCGCGGCCAGGCGAGGCCCGGGCCGCCGGGAGGCUCGGGGCCGCCAGCGGCUGCGGGGCCACCCCACGACGACGACGACGACUCGCCCGCUCUACUACGCGACGAGGCGGCCGCCGGCUCGCAGGACUCGCUGCUGGACAGUGGCAGCGGCCUCCGGGGCCGAGGAGGCGGGGGGCGCCCGGUCGCCGGCUGCGCAUCGGAGCACGAGCUGCGGAUAGUCUCUCCAGUCUUCUUGCAGCUGCCCAGCUACGAGGAGGUCAAGUACUUGCCUACCUACGAGGAAUCCAUGCGACUGCAGCAGCUCACCCCUGGGGAGGUCGUGCUGCCAGUGUCGGUGCUUGGCCACCCGCGAGGUGGCAACGCGGUUGAGCCCGACGGCGGCGAGGGCCGCUUCCCGCUCAUCUGA